AUGGUUAAAAUCGAUAUUAUUCGCAAUCCAGCACCGGCGAUUUGGAAUAAAAUUGUUGACUUGACAUAUAAGUAUGAAAAAUGGUUAUUGGCAUAUGAAGAUUAUCCGUUGUGGUUGAGAGCGUUCGGCGAUAAAAGGCUUGCGCUCUAUACUGCGCUCACCAAUGAUAAGAAAGAUGUGGUUGGUUCGAUUGUGCUUGCGAAAUAUCCAGCCAAGCAUGAUGUGACCAGAGUUGGGACGUUAGGAAUGUAUUUUGUGCAUCCGGAUUAUCGUGGUGUUGGAGUUGGUACGAUGUUAUUCAAUGAAUCGAUUGCAGAAUGGAAAAAGGAAGGCGGAAAUAUAACGCUGAACGCAGUCCAAGAGAUGUCACCAAAGUUAGCCACAGUUUAUGGCUUCAAUAAGCUCAAUGAUUGGCAUCCAACGCCAGUGACAGUUGAUAUGAAACAUGCAAACGUAUCAGCACUCCACUCGAAUCCGAAUCUCAGAAUGGUUUCGAUGCAUAAUGUGAAAUUGGAAGACUUGUUGGCCUAUGAUAUGUCUCUUACCGGAUCGUAUAGACUGAAGUAUCUUUGCGAGAUGCUUCGAAGUGAAAAUGCUCUCCAUAAGAUCGCCAUUGAGGACGGUAAAAUCGUUGGUAUUAUUAAUGUGCGUAAGGUGGUUAGUAACUUCCUCUCGAUAGGACCUUUCUACGCAAACAACAAGUUUACGGCUUCAUCCUUGCUGAAAUCAGUUCUUCAAUCGAUCAACAAUAUUGAUCAGUACCAAGGAUUAUCGCUGAGUGUUCCAACGAAGAACAAGAAUGCAUUUUCGUUGAUUGCAUCACUAUCGGAUGGCAACCAUGUCGUGCAUCGUUCCCUGUUCAGUCAAUUCACUGAUAAAACUAUCGGUACAAAUCAUCAGUGUGUGUACGCUACCACCGAUUACGCAAUGAGUUUUAUAUGA